AUGUCUGAGAGCGCAGCGACCCAAUCGAGGGAGCCUACCAAAGGAAAAGCCCGCAAAACUGAUCCGAACGCCCCGGUGCGGAAACGUCGCAAGCGAACCGUUGUAAGCGGUGCCCCCGAUGAUUGCUUCGCGUGCUCAAAAAGAGGAGCGCGGUGUGAUCGACGCCGCCCUUAUUGCUCCCAGUGCCUCGAAUUAGGCCGCGAAUGUUCCGGAUACAAGACAACGUUGACAUGGGGAUUGGGAGUGGCAAGUCGAGGCAAGCUCCGGGGCCAGAAGCUUCCGGUGAUGGAAUCAGCACCAGAGACCACACGGAAGCCGACACAGACAAAACAGCCCGGGCAGAUAUCCCCUCCGCAAAACCGUAUCAAAUCUGAAAGCUCAAACCCGCCAGCUCCGGUUUCAACAUCAGCUCUUCCGGUUAAUAUGAGUUUCGAGCAUAUGGACACCGGAAUAUUAAAAACAGAGGACUUCGACCUCCGACGCCCAUCCGCAUUGUCGAAUAUGUCGGAUCCCGUGGGUAUGGCUUGGACAAUGGACAUGCCAGACCCACAUACAUGGUCCAAUGCACCCGCUGUUCCGCCUCAAAUAUCAGGACUCCCAUUGCCCAGUCGGCUGGUGCCUUCUAAUCGAUUGAGUCCAAGUAUGGCAAGCGUAGUAAGUGUGGGCUCAGAGGCGUCAAUGCCGUAUCCUGGGUUUAGCCCAGAGGCUACUUUCGCCACUCCAAUAUGGCCUGCUACCAGCAACUGGAUAGUCCCACAUGUCACAACUCCAAACUCGGAUGUCGAUGAGGAGUAUGAAAGGACAAAUCCCGAGCACUCAAUACGGUGGGAUGCUGGUCACUCACCUUCAUACUCUCAAUUACUCCUGGCGCGAUCCAUAGGCCGCACCCCUCGUCUCCGUUAUCUCAUCAGCUAUUUCACCGAGGUCAUCUCACCAAUGAUCGUGGCCUUUGACAGCCCAACAAAUCCAUUCAAGACACAUGUUCUGCGAUUGGCACAAGAAAGUGAAUCUUUACAAGAGGCUAUUGCUACGUUGUCAACCAGUAACUUGCGCCAGCGGCGGGAUCGAAACCAUCUUUCCACAGAAAGAACACUACCAGCGCGCAUGUCAUCGAUGGCUCAUCGUGCUCUGACCGACGAGGCAUUCCAGGAUCGAUAUGGUAUCUCAGUCCCCGAGGGCUACGCUCGCGAAGAAAACCAUCAUCGAGCGAUGGCAGUCAAGGCUCUGAACGCCGAUUUGGCGGACCCUCACCGUAGAUUAUCAGACUCGGUGCUAGCAACUCUGUUGGUUCUAUGCUUGUUUCAUGGAUGCGACACAGGUGUGGCCGAGUUUAGGUCUCAGUUUGCCGGUGUCACGAGACUCCUCGCAAUUCGAAUGCGCCACUCUCGUGUCUUGACUGACGACCUCAAAUGGUUCAUUCGCAUGUUCUCCUGGUUUGAUACAUUGACUGCUACCACGAACGAUCGUGAUGUACAGCUUCGUGGAAGAUGCUUAGAUAUCAGCUCCAUAUCUGACGGGGAAUGGGGCCUUGAGAAUUUAACUGGCUGUGAUGGCCGUCUAUUCAAGCUCAUUUCCCAGUUAGGGCGUUUGAAUAUCCUCAGCCAGGAUCAACAGCCUACCGAAUCAACUAGACCAGCUGAUGUAUCUGUCCCCACCACCUCACUGCCUCCGGCUAUGUUGUACCCGGGCUGGGAUUCUGUCACAGGAGCCACCGGGCCAGGGUUUUCUACUGGCCCUGAGUACGGAUUCUCUAUGCCCACUCCGCCUCAAAGUAGCGACCAGGCGAGAAAGCCAUCUUCCCCGGCCUUUUGGACGGAAUGGUUUUCACUGCGUCAACGUCUCGAAUCCUGGCGAUUCGAUCCCCCUGCCACAACUUCAAUGCCCUCUCCGCCUCCGACCGCCACAACUUCAAUGCCAACUUGGAAUUCUCCAAACUUCAUCCCGGAUCCUUCUCCCUCAGUCACAUAUCAUGUUGCCACUGAGAACCUCCAGGAUGUCUACCAAAUAUCUGAAUGUUUCCGUCAUGCCGCCCUCCUCUAUUGCGAGCGCCUGGCAGAGCCAAGCUUGCCAUCGCAACACCCGCGCAUUCAGCACCUUGUACACCUUGCCAUGCAUUGUCUUCGUGCCGUGCAAUCCGAUGUCUAUCUUCUCUGGCCACUAUUUAUUGUCGGCUCAGAAUGUGUUCAAGAGGAUCACCGUGCAGCAAUCCGCGAUCGUUGCAAGGAUAUCUCGAAAGAUUCCGGAUUUGUGAAUAAUCUUUCCUGUUUGGAGUUACUGGAGAAAAUCUGGUCAGAGCAUUCUGAAGAUUCCUCAUACCCAAUUUAUCCUUCUGGAUUUGGUCCUCCGCCUCCACUGGAUGGAAGCUCGGGUUCUCUCACAUCUCAGACAUUCCGCUGGUCCCGUGUCAUGCAGGCCAAGCGGGGCGAUGGGGAAUAUAUGGUAGCAUAA